AUGGCCUCCGACGCAGUAGUUCUUUCGACUUCCAUCGUCGCCCUUAUGACGGGCUUCAUGCUUGGCGUCUACUCAAUCCGCGGCUACCUCAUCUCCCCUGAGCUGCGCGCCGAGGCCCGCGCCAACAUAGAUGAUCCUGUUGAGAGCGACGAGUCCGACAUUGACGAUGACGAUACCGUUCUUGACCACGCGCCCAAUUGGGCCAAUGGCGUGGCCGCCGACCGCCGCGACGGCCUGCGCCAGCGCAACACUGCAUCCUCUGGGAAGCCUGCCUCUUCCAAGAAGCCCAACCCCGACUCUGUGCCACUCGCCGACUCCAACGAGGAGUGUAAGCUCGUCCUCGUCGUCCGGACGGAUCUGGGCAUGACUAAGGGCAAGAUGGCAGCGCAAGCAUCACACGCGACACUCGCAUGCUACAAGUCUCUCUCGCGCGCCGCGGCGAAAGACCCAUCAUCCCCGGCGGCCAACAUCCUCAAGCGCUGGGAGCGCCUCGGCCAGGCCAAGAUCGCGGUGCAGAUCAAGAAUCAGGACGAGAUGCUCGAGCUCAUGGGCAAGGCGCGGAGCCUGGGCGUCACAUCCGAGGUCAUCGCCGACGCCGGCCGCACGCAGAUCGAGGCUGGCAGCCUGACGGUGCUCGGUGUCGGUCCCGCCCCCCGGAGCCUCGUUGACCAGAUCACGGGCCACUUGAAGCUGUUGUAG